ACCAUCACAAGAUUAGUGAAGAUACCCACUUGCGAAUAAGACAUUUCACAUAUUCUGCAAAUUAUAGCUACAUCUCAAUCUUAUUUGGGAGUUCCUAAGCAAGAAAGAGUCUUCUGCUUCAUCAAAAUUUCAUCUCAGUUAGUUCAGGCUACAUGAGCAAUGGAAACUGAAGCUGAAAUACCAGAACCGAUCCCUUUGAAUAAAAUAGGAGCAGGAGAUGAAGAGCCAAUAUGUGGCGAGUCACAGUCAUUCAAAGCAAUACAGAAAAGUGCGCUCGGCCUACCUGCCGAGAUUGAUGGAAACCUCACAAGAACAGAACACCUAGAAGGAGAUACAAAUGUUAAUAAUGAUGCUGUCAGUUGUGUUAUCAAAAGUGAUGUUGGUACCUGUGAAGGUGAAAGUUUUUUUGUAUCACCCUCACUUGCCAAGGUUGGUAUUGAAAGCACCUGCACAACUUCUGAGAGUUCUGUGGUUAAUGAAAAGAUGAUUCUGCAACAGGAGAUAGUAGAUCAUGAAACCCAAUUGCAGAAAGAUCUAUUACAAGAGGCUAUAGAAGAGACAUAUGGCGUCACAGGAGCAGAAAACUUCAGUGCUUUUGUUAAACAAGGCUCUGCAGACACAGGCAUGGAAAAUGAUGGGGAGCCUGUGAAGGCCUCUGAAUUACCAUCAGAAGAGAAGAAUAUUGAAGAAGAAUAUGCGGAAGGAAUGAAGCAUGAGAAAUCACCCAAAUUAGAAUUGAUAGAUCAAAACGUCAACCUGGUUUCAUCUAAGAAUAUUGAUGAGGAUAUCCACAAAAGAGAGAACAGAUUCCACAACAUUGACACUUCAACUGUUGAGGAAACCAGCUUACAAAAAGGGGAGAUGGAAGAGCCACCUCUCAGAAUUGAUGACGGCAAAGAAACUCAGACGAAAGCAGAGAUUCUUGGUCAAGAAUUUGAAGCCAUGGAUAAACAAGCUUCAAACAAAGAACUUUCACGUAAUGUUGAAGAGGUGAAAACACUGAAUCACUCUCAGGAGGAUGAGAUAGUGGGCAAGAAGUUGAGUGAGGAACCUGAAUUAGAGCUUGGAGGAUAUGUUCGUGAAACAAGCAGGGCAACAGCAGAUCAAAAUCAAGAGUCUCUUCCUUUUAUACCUGAUUCAAUUGGAGAAUACUUGAAAAGAGAUGUCACAGAUAUCAUAGAGCCUUGUAUCAUAGAUGCAAGCAUAGACGAUGAACCAACUAAACAGCAUGCAGAAGAGAGUGGCUUUGAAGAAGUAACAUUGAAGGGGCAAGAUAAGUCCUCCGUUACAAGGGGUGAAGUAGAGAAAAUGGUCAUAGAGGAAGACAGUUGCAUUCCAGACCAAGGAAAUGUAAUUUUUGGAGAUCAAAAGGAUGACCAAAAUAGUGAAGCAGAGGAAAACAAGGAAGCCCCUGAAAUCAAUGGUGAAGAGCAGAAUUGCAAAACAAAUGAUACUGACAAGGCUACCAAGCAUGAGAUCAUAAACAAAGAGGUGUCUGCAGGGCCCAAGAUGGUUGGUGUAGGUGAGGACACUGAAAAACACGUUGUAGAAGAAUGCAAAGAUAUGGCCCACUCUACAGAAUCAAUGAAGGAACCACUUAAAGAGAGCAGUCACGGAGGUGAAAUCAUGAAGAAGCAUGAAGAAGAGGUACAUAUAGGACUUGACAUAGAGUGUGAGGCCCUUGAGAAUUCCAGUACAGGUGAGAAUACAGAGAGACAAAAGGUAGUAGAAAACAGCACUGUCAAGGACCACUUUGUACCAUCUAUUCGAGAAGAAACAGUAAUAGAAAGCUGUAAGGUAGAUGAGGAUUCUGAGAGACUUGAGGCAACCAAUGUAGGUGGGGAAACUGAAAGAACAAUCUCAAAGGAGUAUGGUGUGGUCAUAGACACCUGUAAAUUGUCUGUUGUAGAAGCAACAGUUAAAGGGAGCUCUGAGGAAGAUGAAAAAGAAGCAGAAAAACUAAAAGAAGAGUUCAAAGACUAUGAAGUGAGGACUUUAAAGAAUAUGGAAGAUACAAAUAUGAAAGCUGACACUACUGGUGUUACAGAAGCAUUAAGGGAAGAAAUGCUGCAGAAAGAGCACAGCCAGAAGUUUGCAGUGUAUGAAGAACGAACCAAAGAGAAGGACCUCGAGGAAGCAGUGAACGAUAACGAAAGGUUUGAAGCUGCAUCUGCCAGAACUUUGCAGGAAGUUGCACAAGAAGAGGAGCAAGUGGUAAAUGGUUCCAGUGUUGCUUCUGAAGAGAAGAGUAUAACAACUGAAACAUUUUGGAAGAGUUUACCCCAUGAAGAUGUGGAAGGAGUGAAACUUGAGGAGGUCCCCAACCCAAGUGAUAAUGAAACUCUGAAGAAAACAGAGGUUCUUGGACAAGAAGUUGAAACCAUGGAUAACGAGGCUUCAAACACAAAACUGUCCCAUGAUGUUGAAGAGGUGAGAGUACUUAAUCACUCUAAGGGGGAUGAGAUGGAGGGCAAGAAGUCAAGAGAGGAACCUCAAUUAGAUCUUGGAGAACAUAUCCAUGAAACAUUCAGGGGAACAACAGAUCAAAAUCAAAAGGCUCUUCCUUUUAUGCCUGAUUCAUUUGGAGAAAACUUGAAAAUAGAUGUCACAGAUAUCAUAGAGGCUCGUAUCAAAGAUGCCAGCACAGACAAUGCACCAACUAAACAGGACGUAGAAGAGAGUGACUUUGAAGGAGAAACACUGAAGGGGCAAGGGAGGUCCUCAGUUACAGGGGGUAUGGAGACAGGUCCAACUAUGACAGGGAAAAUGAAACAAGAGGUAGAAGAAAACCCUAAAGAUAAGAACACAGACUCUGUCCCAAAGGCUGAGGAGAGUUCAAAGAUCCAAAAUGGUGAAGAAAUCAUAAACAAUGAGGGUACAAAUGAAAUAUUUCAUAUCCCACAGACUAAAUUCACAACAGAAGACACAAGCUUGGAAGAAUCUGAGCAGGAAAGUGGGAAUAUUGAACAAUUAAGUCGAGAAACAGUUGAUUCAAAUGAAAUGUUGAACGGUGAAAAUGAAAACCCAGAUGAUGGUGAGGAAAUCCCUCUAGUCGCAGAAGAAACAAUGUCAGACCAAUCUGAACAGGAAACUGGGAAACCUGAAGAGACCUCCAACAGUGAAUUGGAAGAGAAAAGUCAAGAAACAAUUGAUUUAAAUGAAGAGAUGAAAGAUGAAAAACCACUAGAAUAUGAACUCUUUGAUACAAAAGAUCUGGAAAGCCCUCUAGUCACAGAAGCAAAAGAAGAUUCACAUUUUCAACAAGAUGAGCCUGACAAAAUUGAAGAAACUUCUGAGAAAGAGUCAGUAAAUAUUGAGAAGGAUAAAUUUAAUGAAGCAGAACCUGAGGAUAAAAUCCCUGUAACAGCUGAAAGCAGCAUAAGCGAGAAGGCCAAGGAUGAUGAGAACCUUGAAACAAAACUUGAUGCCUGCUCCAUUAUGGAUGCGGAAGGUCUGCGAAGGGAGAGUGAGGAGCUGGUUUUCCCAUUGACAAAUGCUUCAAUCAAGGAAAAAGAUGAUAAAAAAGGAUCUUCUGUUACAGAAACCAGAGACAACAUUGAGGUUACUGAAAUAAUUGAGUCUGAAGAGAAUUGCAGAUGGGAAAUCCCAAAUGACGUGGAAGUUUCAGUACACAGCUUGCAGACAGAUGACACAGAGGAGGCGAAACUUGAAAAUUCCUUGGAUAAGGUGUCUGAGGUAGUUGAACCAGCUGCUUCAAAUGCAGAGACAGAAAGAAGUACGAGCGAGAAAGAGGACGAAACCAUUAAGAGAGAAAAUUUCAACAAAGAAAGGAAGGAAGGGAACAUAAAUUGGAGUGAUGAAGUGUGGGGACAUAAAAUGCCAAAAGAUGAGAAUCUUGGGGCAGUUGAUCAAAGUCAAGAGAUAGAAAUUUUGGAAGUUGUGAGCCCAAAAAUGGAAAUGGACAGUCUACUUGUCGCCCAUUCAUUGGUCGAAGGAACCAUCCAAGAAGCAAGCGAGCAGCAAGUGGAAGUCUCCAAUCUUGAAGUGAAAGAACAAGCUCAAGAAGAAAAUAGAAAUGCUCCAGUAGAUGAUAACCACAUUGAAGAAGAAUUUAGAGCGAGAGAAAACAUGGAGAGCACAAUCUUGGAGCAGGAAAUUAUAGAUGGUGCACAAACAUUGGAAUUGAUUUCACUAGUAAGUGAAAUGGAGGUUGAAGAAACUGACAAUGUUUGCGAAAUAGACUCAAGAGAGAAAUCCACAGAAAGUGAUGCCAGUCAGAAAAUAGAAGAGCAGACCGCAGAGAAUGAAGAAACUUCUGAAAUAGUAAUGCGUAAAACAGUGAUAGAAGGUGAAGUGGAAAAAAAGAUCAUAGAGGAAGACAGUUGCAUUCCAGAUCAAGGAAUUGUAUUUUUUGGAAAUCAAAAAGUUGACCAGAAUAAUGGAGUAGAGGAAAAGAAGGAAGCCCCUGAAUUCAAUGGUGAAAAGCAGCAUUCCAAAACAAAUGAUACUGACAAGGCUACCAAAAAUGAGAUCAUGAACAAAGAGGUGCCGGCAGGUCCUAAUAUAGUUGGUGUAGGUGAGGACACCGAAAUAACCAUUAUAGAAGAAAGCAUAGAUAUGGCCCACUCUAAUGAAUCAAUGAAGGAACCACCUACAGAUUGCAGUCAGGAAGGUGAAAUCGUGAAGCAGCAUGAACAGGUACAUAAAGGACCAGAUACAGAGUGUGAGGUUCUUGAGAAAUCCAGUACAGGUGAGAAUACGAAGAGGCAGAAAGUAAUGGAAAACAGCGCUGAUGCCCACUCUGCACCAUCUAUCCUAGAAGAAACAGUCAUAGAAAGUUGUCAGAAAGAUGAGUUCACAGACUCUGAAGUGGGGAUUUCAAAGAAUAUGGAAGAUGCAAACACGAAUGUUGAUGCUUCUGGAGUUACAGAAGUAUCAAGAGAAGAAAUGCUGCAGAAGGAGAAGGGCCAGAAGUUUGUGGUGUUUGAAGAACAAAUCAAGGAGAGGGACCUCAAGGAAACAGGGAACAAUAAUGAAAGGAUUGAAGCAGCAUCUGCCAGAACUUUGCAGGAAGUUGCACAAGAAGGGGAGCAACUGGUAGAUGGUUCCAAUCUUGCUUCUGAGGAGAAGAGCCUAAUAACAACUGAAACAAGUUGGAUAAGUUUACAGCAUGUAGAUGUGAAAGGCGUGAAGCUUGAGGAGACCCCCAACCCAAGUGACAAUGAUACUCAGAAGAAAACAGAGAUUCUUGGUGAAGAAGUUGAAACUAAGCAUAAGGAGGCUUCAAACAAACAAAUUUACCAUGAUCCUGAAGACGUGACAGGACUGAAUCACUCUCAGGAGGAUGAGAUAGAGGGAAAGAAUCCAAGUGAGGAACCUGAAAUAGAGCUUAAAGAACAUGUCCAUGAAAAAAGCAGGGAAAGAACAGAUAAAAAUCCAGAGGAUCUUGUCUUUAAAUCUGAUUCGAUUGGAGAAGGCUUGAAAAUAGACGUCACAGAUAUCAUAGAGGCUUGUGCCAAAGAUGCAAGCACAGACGAUGCACCAACGAAACAGGACAUAGAAGAAAGCGGUUUUGAAAGAGUAACAUUGAAGGGGAAAGAGAAGUCCUUCAUUACAAGGGGUUUGGAGACAGGUCCAACUAAAGUUACCCCAAGUGAAAAGACCGGAGAAAAGGAACAAGAGGUAGAAGAAAACCCCGAAGAUAACAAUACAGACUCUAUUGCAAAGGCUGAGGAGAGUUCAAAUAUCCAAAAUGGUGAAGAUAUCAUACACUACAAUGAGGGCAGAAAUGAAACGUUUCACAUCCCACCAACUAAAUUCACAACAGAAGAAAAAAGCUUAGAAAAAACUGAGCAGGAAAGUGGGAAUAUUAAACAAUCAAGUCAAGAAACAGUUGACUCAACUGUAAUGUCGAACAGUGAAAAUCAUGGUAAAUAUGAAAACCCAGAUGAUGAUGUGGAAAUCCCUCUAGCCACAGAAGAAACAAUAUCAAACAAAUCUGAACAGGAAGCUGGGAAACCUGAAGACACCUCCAACGGUGAAUUGGAAGAAAAAAGUCAAGAAACAAUUGAUUCAAAUGAAAAGAUGAAAGAUAAAAAGCCAUUUGAAUAUGAACUCUCUGAUACUGAAGAUCUGGAAAGCCCUCUAAUCACACCAGCAACAAAAGACUCACAUUUUCAACAAGAUGAGCCUGACAACAUUGAAGAAACUUCCGAGAAAGAGUCAGUAAAUAUUGAGCAGGAUAAAUUUAAUGAAGCAGAACCUGAGGAUAAAAUCCUUGAGACAGCUGAAAGCAGCAUAAGCGAGAAGGCUAAGGAUGAUAAGAACCUUGAAACAAAGCUUGAUGCCUCCUCCAUUAAGGAUGAGGAAAGUCUGCAAAGGGAGAGUGAGGAGCUGGUAUUACCAUUGACAAAUGCUUCAAUUGAGGAAAACGAUGAUAUGAAAGGAUUUUCUGUUACAGAAACCAGAGACAACAUUGAGGUUACUGAAAUAAUUGAGGCCGAAGAGAAUUGCAGAUGGGAAAUCCCAAAAGAGGUGGAAGCUUCAGCAUACAGAUUGCAAACAGAUGAUACAGCAGAGGAGAAACUUGAAAAAACCUUGGACAUGGUGUCUGAGGUAGUUGAACCAGCUGCUUCAAAUGCAGAGGCUGAAAAAAGUACCAGUGAGAAAGAGGAGGAAACCAUUAAGAGAGAAAACUUGACUGAAGAAAGGAAGGAAGGGAACAUAAAUUGGGAUGAUGAAGCGAGAGGACAUACAAUGCCAAAAGAUGAGAAUCUCGGGGCAGUUGAUCAAAGUCAAGAGAUAGAAAUUAUGGAAGUUGUGAGCCCAAACAUGGAAAUGGACAAUUUACUUUUUGCCAAUUCAUUUGUUGAAGGAACCAUACAAGAUGCAUGUGAGAAGCCAGAGGAAGUCUCCAAUCUUGAAGUGGAUGAACAAGUUCAUGAAGAAAAUAAAAAUGCUCUGGUAGAUGAUAACCACAUUGAAGAAGAAAUCAAAGCAAGAGAAAACAUGGAGAGCACAAUGUUGGAGCAGGAAACUAGCAAUGGUGCACAAACAUUGGAAUUGAUUUCACAAGUUAGUGAAAUAGAAGUUGACGAAACUGUCAAGGUUUGCGAACUAGACUCAAGAGAGAAAUCCACAGAAAGUGAUGCCAGUCAGAAAAUAGAAGAGCAGACCGCAGAGAAUGAAGAAACUUCUGAAAUAGUAAUGCAUAAAACAGUGAAAGAAGGUGAAGUAGAGAAAAUGAUCAUUGAGGAAGACAGUUGCAUUCCAGACCAAGGAACUGUAUUUAGCGAAAUAGAGGAAAAGAAGGAAGCCCCUGAAUUCAAUGGUGAAGAGCAGAUUUGCAAAACAAAGGAUACUGACAAGGCUGCCAAGAAUGAGAUCAUAAACAAGGAGGUGUCUGCAGAACCCAAAAUAUCUGGUGUAAGUGAGGACACUGAAAAACGCAUUACAGAAGAGAGCAUAUAUAUGGCCCAUUCUAUAGAACCAAUGGAAGAACCAAUUAAAGAGAGCAGUCAAGAAGGCAAAAUCAUGAAGAACCAUGAGGAAGAGGUACCUAAAGCACCUGAAACAGACUGUGAGGUCCUUGAGAAAUCCAGUACAGGUGAGAUUACAGAAAGACAAAAAGUAUUCAAAAACAGUACUGUCAAGGACCACUCUGCACCUUCUAUUCAAGUAGAAACACUAAUAGAAAGCCAUCAGGAAGAUGAGGUUUUUGAGAGACUUGAGGUAACUGGUCUAACUGGGGAAACUGAAAGAUCCAUCUCAGAGGAGUAUAUUGCUGUUACAGAAACCUGUUUAAUAUCAGUUGUAGGAGCAACAGUUAAAGAGAGCUCUGAGGAAGAUAAAAAAUUGGUAGGAGAACCCAAAGAAGAGUUCACAGAAGUAGGGACUUCAAAGAAUAUGGAAGAUACAAACACGAAUGCUGAGGCUUCUGGUGUCACAGAAGCAUCAUGUGAACAAAUGCUGCAGGAAGAGCAGAGUCAGAAGUUUGCGGUAUUUGAAGAACAAAUCAAAGAGAAGGACCCUGAGGAAACAGAGAACAAUAAUGAAAGGAUUGAAGCAGCAUCUGCCAGAACUUUGCACGAAGUUACACAAGAAGGGGAGCAACUGGUAGAAGGUUCCAAUCUUUCUUCUGAGGAGAAGAGUCCAAUCACAACUGAAACAAGUUGGACAAGGUUACAGCAUUUAGAUGUGACAGGCGUGAAGCUUGAGGAGACCCCCAACCCAGGUGACAAUGGAACUCAGAAUAAAACAGAGAUUCUUGGUGAAGUUGUUGAAAGCAUGGAUAAGCAGGUUUCAAACCAAGAACUUUCCCAUGAUGCUGAAGAGGUGAAAGCACUGAAUCGCUCUCAGAAGGAUGAGAUAGAGGGCAAGAAGUCAAGUGAGGAACCUGAAUUAGCGCUCAGAGAACAUGACUAUGAAACAAGCAGGGGAACAACGGAUCAAAAUCAAGAGGCUCUUCCUUUUACACCUAAUUCAAUUGGAGAAAUUUUGGGAAUAGGCAUCACAGAAAUCAUAGAAGCUUGCAUCAACGAUGCAAGCACAGAUGAUGCACCAACUGAACAGGAUGUAGAAGAGAGUGACUUUGAAGGAGUAACAUUGAAAGGGCAUGAAAAUUCCUCCAUUACAGGGGUUAUGGAGACAGGUCCAGCUAUAAUUAACCCAAGUGAAAAGAAACAAGAGGGAGAAGAAAACCCCAAAGAUAACAAUACUGACUGUGUCUCAAAGGCUGAGGAGAAUUCAAAGAUCCAAAAUGGUGAAGAGAUCACAACCAAUAGUGAGGGUACAAAAGAAACGUUUCAUAUCCCGUCAACGAAAUUCAUUACAGAAUACACAAGCUUGGACAAUUCAGUGCAGGAAAGUGGGAAUUUUGAACAAUCAAGUCAUGAAACAGUUGUUUCAAAUGAAACGUUGAACAGUGAAAAUCAAGGUGAAAAUGAUAACCCAGAUGUGGAAAUCCCUCUAUUCACAAAAGAAACAAGAUCAGACAAAUCUGAACAGGAAGUGUGGAAUCCUGAAGAGAAAGGUCAAGAAACAAUUGACAAAAAUGAAAAGAUGAAAGAUGAGAAGCCAGUCAAAUAUGAAUUCUCAGAUACUGAAGAUCUGGAAAGCCCUCUAGUCAUACCAGCAAAAGAAUACUCAGAUUUUCAACAAGAUGAGUCUGACAAAAUUGGAGAAACUUCUGAGACUGAGUCAGUAAAUAUUGAGAAGGAUAAAUGUGACGAAGCAGGACUUGAGGAUAAAAUGCUUGAGACAGCUGAAAGCAGUGUAAGCAAGAAGGCUAAGGAUGACGGGAACCUUGAAAUAAAGCUUGAUGCCUCCUCCAUUAAGAAUGAGGAAGGUAUACAAAGGGAAAGUGAGGAGCUGGGUUUGCCACUGACAAAUGCUUCAAUCGAGGAAAAUAAUGAUAAAAAAGGAUCUUCUAUCAAAGAAAAAAGAGACAACAUUGAGGCUGAAGAAAAUUACAGAUGGGAAAUCCCAAAAGACGUGGAAGCUUCAGUACAAAGCUUGCAGACAAAUGAAACAGAAGAGGAGAUUCUAGACAAAUCAUUGGAUAUGGUGCCUGAGGUAGUUGAACCAGCUGCUUCAAAUGCAAAGGAUGAAAGAAGUACCAGCGAGAAAGAGGAGGAAUCCAAAAGGAGAGAAAAUUUCAAAGAAGAAAGGAAGGAAGAGAACAUAAAUUGGGAUAAUGAAACAAGCGGACAUAAAAUGCCAAAAGAUGAGAAUCUCGGGGCAGUUGAUCGAAGUCUAGAGAUAGAAACUAUGGAAGUUGUGAGCCCAAACAUGGAAAUGGACAGUUUAUUUGUUGCCCAUUCAAUGGUCGAAGGAACCAAACAAGAAGCAUGUGAGCUGCACGUGGAAGUCUCCAAUCUUGAAGUGGAAGAACAAGUUCACGAAAAAAAUAGAAAUGUUCCGGUUGAUGAUAACAACAUUGAAGAAGAAUUUAAAGCAAGAGAAAACAUGGAGAGCACAAUCUUGAAGCAGGAAACUAGAGAUGGUGCACAAGCAUUGAAAUUCAUUUCACAAGUAAGUGAAAUGGAAGUUGAAGAAACUGUCAAGGUUUGCGAACUAGACUCAAGAGAGAAAACCACAAAAACUGAUGCCAACCAGAAAAUAGAAGAGCAGACCGAAGAGCAUGAAGAAACUUCCGAAAUAGUAAUGGUUAAAACAGUGACAGAAGGUCAUUUUCCAGCCAAAAGUUUUGUAUUUGUUGACAAAUAUAUCACUGUACAUGUGCCAGGUGAAGUAAAGAAAAUGAUCAUAGAGGAAGACAGUUGCAUUCCAGACCAAGGAACUGUAAUUAGUGAAGUAGAGGAAAAGAAGGAAGACCCUGAAUUCAGUGGUGAAGAGCAGAGUUGCAAAACAAAGGAUACUGACAAGGUUACCAAGAAUGAGAUCAUCAACAAAGAGGUGUCUGCAGAACCCAACAUUUCUGGUGUAGGUGAGGACACUGAAAAACACAUUAUAGAAGAAAGCAUAGAUGUGGCCCACGCUACAGAAUCAAUGAAAGAACCACUUAAAGAGAGCAGUCAGGAAUGCGAAAUCGUGAAAAACCAUGAGGAAGAGUUACCUCAAGGACCUGAUACAGACUGUGAGGUCCUUGAGAAAUCCAGUACAGGAGAGAAUACAGAAAGACAAAAAGUAGUAGAAAAAAGUGUUGUCAAGGACCACUCUGUACCAUCUAUUCGAGAAGAAACAGAAGUAGAAAGCUAUCGGGAAGCUGAGGUUUCUGACAGAAUUGAGGCAACUAGUGUAGGUAGCGAAACUGAAAGAUCCAUCUCAAAGGAGUAUGGUGCUGUUACAGAAACCUGUUUAUUAUCAGUUGUAGGAGCCACGGUUAUAGAGAGCUCUGAGGAAGAUGAAAAAGUGGCAGAAGAACUCAAAGAAGAGUGCACAGACUCCGAAGUAGGGACUUCAAAGAAUAUGGAAGAUACAAAAACGAAUGCUGAGGCUUCUGGUGUUACAGAAGCAUCAAGGGAAGAAAUGUUGCAGGAAGAGCAGAGUCAGAAGUUUGCGGUGUUUGAAGAACAAGUCAAGGAGAUGGACCUCGAGGAAACAGAGAACAAUAAUGAAAGGAUUGAAGCAGCAUCUGCCAGAACUUUGCACAAAGUUACACAAGAAGGGGAGCCACUGGUAGAUGGUUCCAAUCUUUCUUCUGUGGAGAAGAGUCCAAUCACAACUGAAACAAGUGGGACAAGGUUACAGCAUGUAGACGUGAUAUGUGUGAAGCUUGAAGAGACCCCCAACCCAGGUGACAAUGGAACUCAGAAGAAAACAGAGAUUCUUGGUGUAGUUGUUGAAACCAUGGAAAAGCAGGCUUCAAAACAAGAACUUUCCCAUGAUGCUGAAGAGGUGAAAGCACUGAAUCGCUCUCAGGAGGAUGAGAUAGAGGGCAAAAAGUCAAGUGAGGAACCUGAAUUAGUGCUCAGAGAACAUGACCAUGAAACAAGCAGGGGAACAACAGAUCAAAAUCAAGAGGCUCUUCCUUUUACACCUGAUUCAAUUGGAGAAAAUUUGAAAACAGGCGUCACAGAAAUCAUAGAAGCUUGUAUCAAUGAUGCAAGCACAGAUGAUGCACCAACUGAACAGGAUGUAGAAGAGAGUGACUUUGAAGGAGUAACAUUGAAUGGGCAUGAAAAGUCCUCCAUUACAGGGGGUAUGCAGAUAGGUCCAGGUAUAAUUAACCCAAGUGAAAAGAAUCAGUCAGAGGAGAAUUCAAAGAUCCAAAAUGGUGAAGAGAUCACAACCAAGAGUGAGGGUACAAGCUUGGACAAAUCUGUGCAGGAAAGUGGGACUUUUGAACUCUCAAGUCAUGGAACACUUGAUUCAACUGAAACAUUGAUUAGUGAACAUCAAGGCAGACAUGAAAACCCAGAUGACGAUGUGGAAAUGCCUCUAGUCACAGAAGAAACAAAAUCAGACAAAUUUGAACAGGAAGUGUGGAAACUUGAAGAGACCCCCGGCAUUGAAUUGGAAGAGAAAAGUCAAGACACAAUUGACUCAAGUGAAAAGAUGAAAGAUGAGAAGCCAGUUGAAUAUGCAUUCUCAGGUACUGAAGAUCUGGAAAACCCUCUAGUCACACGAGCGACAGAAGAGACAGAUUUUCAACAAGAUGAGCUUGAAAAAAUUGAGGAAACUUCCGAGACUGAGUCAGCAAAUAUUGAGAAAGAUAAAUGUAAUGAAGCAGAACCCGUGGAUAAAAUCAUUGAGACAGCUGAAAGCAGCAUAAGAAAGAAAGCUAAGGAUGAUGAGAACCUUGAAACAAAGCUUGAUGCCUCCUCCAUUAAGGAUGAGGUUUCCGAGAGACUUGAGGCAACUGGUGUAAGUGGGGAAACUGAAAGAUCCAUCUCAGAGGAGUAUGAUGCUGUUACUGAAAUAUGUUUAUUAUCAUUUGUUGGAGCCACGGUUAAAGAUAAUUCUGAGGAAGAUGAAAUAGUGGCAGUAGAACUCGAAGACAAGUGCACAGACUCCAAAGUGGGGACUUCAAAGAAUACGGAAGAUACAAAAACGAAUGCUGAGGCUUCUGGUAUUACAGAAGCAUCAAGGGAAGAAAUGUUGCAGGAAGAGCAGAGUCAGAAGUUUGCAGUGUUUGAAGAACAAACCAAGGAGAUGGACCUUGAGCAAACAGAGAACAAUAAUGAAAGGAUUGAAGCAGCAUCUGCCAGAACUUUGCACAAAGUUACACAAGAAGGGGAGCAACUGGUAUAUGGUUCCAGUCUUUCUUCUGAGGAGAAGAGUCCAAUCACAACUGAAAAAAGUGGGACAAGGUUACAGCUUGUACAUGUGACAGGUGUGAAGCUUGAGGAUACCCCAAACCCAGGUGACAAUGUAACUCAGAAGAAAACAGAGAUUCUUGGUGAAGUUGUUGAAACCAUGGAAAAGCAGGCUUCAAAACAAGAACUUUCCCAUGAUGCUGAAGAGGUGAAAGCACUGAAUCGCUCUCAGGAGGAUGAGAUAGAGGGCAAGAAGUCAAGUGAGGAACCUGAAUUAGCGCUCAGAGAACAUGACCAUGAAACAAGCAGGGGAACAACAGAUCAAAAUCAAGAGGCUCUUCCUUUUACACCUGAUUCAAUUGGAGAAAUUUUGAAAAUAGGCAUCACAGAAAUCAUAGAAGCUUGUAUCAACGAUGCAAGCACAGAUGAUGCACCAACUGAACAGGAUGUAGAAGAGAGUGACUUUGAAGGAGUAACAUUGAAAGGGCAUGAAAAGUCCUCCAUUACAGGGGGUAUGGUGACAGGUCCAGCUAUAACUAACCCAAGUGAAAAUAAAAAGGAAGGAGAAGAAAACCCUGAAGAUGACAACACCAAUUCAGUCUCAAAGGCAGAGGAGAAUUCAAAGAUUCAAAAUUGUGAAGAGAUCACAACAAACAGUGAGGGUACUACUGAAACGAUUCAUAUCCCACUGGCUAAAUUCAUUACAGAAGACACAAGCUUGGACAAAUCUGUGCAGGAAAGUGGGAAUUUUGAACAAUCAAGUCAUGAAACAUUUGAUUCAAAUGAAACGUUGAACAGUGAAAAUCAAGGCGGACAUAAAAACCCAGAUGACGGCGUGGAAAUCCCUCUAGUCAUAGAAGAAACAAGAUCAGAAAAAUCUGAACAGGAAGUGUGGAAACUUGAAGAGGCCCCCAGCAUUGAAUUGGAAGAGAAAAGCCAUGAAACAACUGACUCAAAUGAAAAGAUGAAAGAUGAGAAGCCAGUUGAAUAUGAAUUCUUAGAUACUGAAGAUUUUGAAACCCCUCUAGUCACACCAGCAACAGAAGACUCAGAUUUUCAACAAGAUGAGUUUGAAAAAAUUGAGGAAACUUCCGAGACUGAGUCAGUAAAUAUUAAGAAGGAUAAAAGUACAGAACCUGAAGACAAAAUCCUUGAGACAGCUGAAAGCAGCAUAAACAAGAAAGCUAAGGAUGAUGAAAACCAUGAAACAGAGCUAGAUGCCUCCUCCAUCAAGGAUGAGGUUUCUGAGAGACUUGAGGCAACUGGUGUAGGUUGGGAAACAGAAAGAUCCAUCUCAGAGGAGUACAGUGCUGUUACAGAAACUUGUUUAUUAUCAGUUGUAGGAGCAACGGAUAAAGAGAGCUCUGAGGACGAUAAAGUGGCAGAAGAACUCAAAGAAGGGGUUAAAUUCACAGACUCUGACGUGGGGACUUCAAAAAAUAUGGAAGAUACAAACACGGAUGCUGAGGCUUCUGAUGUCACAGAAGCAUCAAGGGAAGAAAUGUUGCAGGAAGAGCAGAGUCAGAAGUUUGCGGUGUUCGAAGAACAAAUCAAGGAGAUGGACCUCGAGGAAACAAAGAACAAUAAUGAAAGGAUUGAAGCAACAUCAGCCAGAACUUUGCACGAAGUUACACAAGAAGGGAAGCAACUGGUAGAUGGUUCCAAUAUUUCUUCUGAGGAGAAGAGUCCAAUCACAACUGAAACAAGUUGGACAAGGUUACAGCAUCUAGAUGUGACAGGCAUGAAGCUUGAGGAGACCCCCAACCCAGGUGACAAUGGAACUCAGAAGAAAACAGAGAUUCUUGGUGAAGUUGUUGAAACCAGGGACAAGCAGGCUUCAAGCAAAGAACUUUCCCAUGAUGCUGAAGAGGUGAAAGCACUGAAUCGCUCUCAGGAGGAUGAGAUAGAGGGCAAGAAGUCAAGUGAGGAACCUGAAUUAGCGCUCAGAGAACAUGACCAUGAAACAAGCAAGGGAACAACAGAACAAAAUCAAGAGGCUCUUCCUUAUACACCUGAUUCAAUUGGAGAAAAUUCGAAAAUAGGCAUCACAGAAAUCAUAGAAGCUUGUAUCAAUGAUGCAAGCACAGAUGAUGCACCAACUGAACAGGAUGUAGAAGAGAGUGACCUUGAAGGAGUAACAUUGAAAGGGCAUGAAAAGUCCUCCAUUACAGGGGGUAUGGAGACAGGUCCAGCUAUAAUUAACCCAAGUGAGAAGUAUCAAGAGGGAGAAAAAAACCCAGAAGAUAACAAUAUCGACUCUGUCUCAAAGGCUGGGGAGAAUUCAACAAUCCAAAAUGGUGAAGAGAUCAUAACCAAUAGUGAGGGUACAAAUGAAACGUUUCAUAUCCCAUUGACUACAUUCAUAACAGAAGAGACUAGCUUGGACAAAUCUGUGCAGGAAAGUGGAAAUUUUGAACAAUCAAGCCAAGAAACAGUUGAUUCAAAUGAAACGUCGAAUGGUGAAAAUCAAAGUGAAAAUGAAAACCCAGAUGACAAUGUUGAAAUCCCUCUAGUCACAGAAGAAACAAGAUCAGACAAAUCUGAACAGGAAGUGUGGAUUCUUGAAGACACCUCCAGCAGUGAAUUGGAAGAGAAAAGUCAAGAAACAAUUGACUCAAAUGAAAAGAUGAAAGAUGAGAAGCCACUUGAAUAUGAAUUCUUAGACACUGAAGAUCUGGAAAGCCCUCUAGUCACACCAGCAACAGAAGCCUCACAUUUUCAACAAGAAGAUGAGCCUGACCAAGAGUCAGUAAAUAUUGAGAAGGAAAAAUGUAAUGAAGCAGAACCUGAGGAUAAAAUCCUUAGCACAGCUGAAAGCAGUAUAAGUGAGAAGGCCAAGGAUGAUGAGAACCUUGAAACAAAGCUUGAUGCCUCCAUUAAGAAUGAGGAAGGUUUACAAAGGGAUAGUGAGGAGCUGGCUUUUCCAUUGACAAAUGCUUCAAUCAAGGAAAACGAUGAUGAAGAAGGAUCUUCGGUCACAGAAACCAGAGACAAAAUUGCAAUUACAGAAAUAAUUGAGACCAAAGGGAAUUGCAGAUGGGAAAUCCCAAAAGACAUGGAAGCUUCAGAACAUAGCUUGAAGACAGAUGAAACAGAAGAGGAGAAACUUUCAAAAUCCUUGGAUGGGGUAACUGAGGCAGCUGAACCAGCUUCUUCAAAUGCACAGGCUGGAAGAAGUAACAGCAAGAAAGGGGAGGAAGCCAUUAAGAGAGAAAAUUACAACAAAAAAAGAAAUGAAGGGAACAUAAAUUUGGAUGAAAAAGCGGGACACAGAUCGCCAAAUGAUGAAAAUCUCAGAGCAGUUGAUCGAAGUCAAGAGAUGGAAACUAGGGAAGUUGAGAGACCAAAAAUGGAAAUGGACAGUUUACUUGUUGCUCAUUCAUUGGUCGAAGAAAGCAUACAAGAAGCAUGUGAGCAGAAAGGGGAAGUUUCCAAUCUUGAAGUGGAAGAACUAGUUCAUGAAGAAAAUAGAAAUGCUCCAGUAAAGGAUAACCACAUUGAAGAAGAAUUUAAAGCAAGAGAAAACAUGGAAAGCAGAGUCUUGGAGCAGGAAACUAGUGAUGGUGCACAAACAUCGGAAUUGAUUUCACAAGUGAGUGAAAUGGAAGUUGAAGAAACUGUCAAGGAUUGUGAACUAUGCUCAAGAGAGAAAUCCACAGAAACUGAUGCCAGUCAGAAAAAAGAAGAGCAGACAGAAAAUAAUGAAGAAACUUCUGAAAUAGUAAUGGGUCAAACAGUAACAGAAGGUGAAGUAGAGAAAAUGAUCAUAGAGGAAGACAGUUGCAUUCCAGACCAAGGAACUGUAUUUAGUGAAGAGAAGGAGAAGAAGGAAGCCCAUGAAUUCAAUGGUGAAGAGCAAAAUUGCAAAACAAAUGAUACUGACAAGGCUACCAAGAAUGAGAUCAUAAACAAAGAGGUGUCGGCAGAACCCAAGAUAUCUGGUGUAGGUCAGGACACUGAAAAACACAUAAUGCAAGAAAGCAUAGAUGUGGCCCACUCUACAGACUCCAUGAAGGAAUCACUUAAAGAGAGCAGUCAGGAAGGCAAAAUCAUGAAGAAGCAUGAAGAAGAGGUACUUGAAGGACCUGGUACAGACUGUGAGGCCCUUGAGAAAUCCAGUACAGGUGAGAACACAGAGAGACAAAAAGUAUUAGAAAACAACAUUGUAAAGGACCACUCUGCACCAUCUAUUCGGGAAGACACCACAAUAGAGAGCUAUCAGGAAGAUGAGGCUGAAGUUCCAUUUGUUGUGCAGGCGUCUGAGAGACUUGAGGCAACUGGUGUAGGUAGGCAAACCGAAAAAACAAUCUUGGAGGAGUAUGGUGCUGUUACAGACAACUGUAUAUUAUCAGUAGCUGUUGGAGCAAUAGUUAAAAAGAGCUCUGAGGAAGAUGAAAAAAAGGCAGAAAAACUCAAACAAGAGUUCACAGCCUCUGAAGUGGGGACUUCAAAGAAUAUGGAAGAAACCAACACGAAUCCUGAUGCUUCUGGUGUUACAGAAGCAUCAAGGGAAGAAAUCCUGCAGAGAGAGCACAGUCAAAAGUUCAUGGUGUAUGAAGAAGUCGACGGGAAGGACCUCAAGGAAGCAGAGAAUAAUAACAAAAGGAUUGAAGCUGCAUCUGCCAAAACUUUGCAGGAAGUUGCACAAGAAGGGGAGCAACUGGUAGAUGGUUCCAAUAUUGCUCCUGAGGAGAAGAGUCCAAUAACAACUGAAACAAGUUGGACAAGUUUACAGCAUGUAGAUGUGAAAGGCAUGAAGCUUGAGGAGAUCCCCAACCUAAGUGACAAUGCAGAAAAUAUGUUGAAAGUGGAAAAACAGGAUGCAGAUGAAGGCAAUCAAGAAAUAGAGUGUGAAAUGAAAGCAGAAUCUUCUGAUACAAUCACAGGAUUUCAAUAUGAAGGCAUUGACACAACUACUGGAAAAGAGUUCACAGCCACAAAGGCUCCCUUAGAUAAUAGAUGGGAAGAAAAUCUUCAGGGAUCUUCAACACUGGCACCUAAAGGACAGGAGGUUGACUCAGUUGAAGAAAGUACAGAGAUAACGAAUGAGACUACUACACAAGAUAAGAACUUGGAAAUUCCUUACCUUACAAAAUCAACAGUAGAGAUCUCCAUACAGAAAGAAGAACCAUGGAACUCAUGGAAGCAUGAGGAUAUCUCUAAAAUGGGCACUGACAAAAUUGGGAAGGAGAGCUCAAAUAAGGAACUUCAAGAAAAUGACAGUGUGAAGGAAAAAAAGCUCCCUGAAUCACAUCCUGAAAAGAAUAUUUCUGAAUCAAAUGAAGCUAAUGAAAUUCUUGAGGAAGCUACUGAACUAACAAAGCUUGGAGAAAAUAGCAGAACAGAGACUCGAAAGGAUGAAGGCAAACUGCUGGAAAGGUCAGACGAGGGUGAAUUGGAUGGUGAGAAGCCAUUUGAUGUGUUGUCUACGGGUGUUGAGACAAACAGUUCAUGCACAAACAUCGAGAAGAAUGUCCUAGAUCAAGAAGGCCCUAUGAAGAACCUUGAAGAGAUCCCUGCAGUAGGCAGAAUAGGAGGUGAGAAAGUUGAAAACAUAGGAAUUAAGUUGGAGGCUGGAGAUCAAAGUCAUGAAAGAAAUGAAGGUUUUGAUCUCACACAAAAUAGGGCUCUUCAAGAGAGUAUUGAAGACGUUGAUCCUAGUCAGAAGCUAGAAGGGGCAUAUGAAACAGUGGCCGAAGAUCAAAGUCAUGAGACACUCCCCCAAGCCAAAGAGAACAAUAUCAAGGAGGACAAUAGAACAGUGGAGGACCACUAUACUGCAUCGGUUGAAGAUCAAAUGGCCAUACAAAGACUUCAAGUAGAAGAAAAGGACAGUAUGAAACUUGAGGACAUAGGACACAAACCUGAGGCAGAGCUUCAAGCAGGAAAGGAAGAUAUCCCAAAUGAGGUUACAAUGACUGCCAUUUUGAAUGAAGUGGCACGUAUCGAACGUGAUAAAGCUCAAACAAGUCAGCAUAUAAGCAAAUGGAGCAUACAGGAAGAGAGCACUGCCAAGGGCCUCCAUAGAGUACCCAUUGAAGAUGCAACAAUUGAUGAGCUGCAAGAUUCUGCUCUUUUAUCCAUUGAGAAGUGCACCGAAGAAAUAGAUAAUGAUGUGAAGAAAGAAAAAUUGGAUCUAAAGACUGCGGAAUUCCCAAAUAAGAGACCUGAACCUUCUCCUGUUACAGAAGCAUCAGAAGGAUGUAUAACACAGGCGCAAACUAGUGAGGACUUUGUGGACAUCUUCAAGUCUGUACCUGAGGUAUCUGAAGAAAUGAUAGAAGAGGAUAUCUCCAAGAAAGCAGAGAACAGUAAUGAACAGCUCAGCAUCACAUCCAUUACAGAGAUAACAGAACGGGUGACCUCACAGCCACAGGAGAGUGAACUAGAAGGUGCAAAGCUUGUAAGGGAAUCUGAGAUUAGCUCUGAAGAAAAGUGUCAAGGAACAGCUGAAACUGGCUCAAUGGAUGAAGUAGUCAAAAAGGUGAAGCUUGAUCAAAACUUUGAUUCAUUGAUCCAACCUCCUUCUGAAGGUGAGAACCCGUACAAGGAGAGAAAAAAUUUGGAAAAGAUAGGUGCACCUGAAGCAGAAGAAGAAAUGAAGAGAUCUUCAGACGCAGUAGAAUCUGAUUAUCAAGCUGAGACCACAUCUAAUCAACCUCCACUGGUUGAAGAAUUAGAAGAAAACCUCGAGGAACCCCCUGUAUCUGGUUCUGAACAGGAGCUUGGAGACACUACCACAAACAAGAAAAUAAGAGAUGAGAUGCCAGAGGAAGAUGAAUCCUUAGGGGAGAAGAAUUCAAUUGGUCAUUUCACCCCAGCGGAAACAGAAGAUGUGUGCCUCGAGAGAGAACACAUGGAGCUUCAACAGGCAUCCAAGAUGGGGUUCCACGACAUAAAGAAGGGAAGUCUAAAUGAAAAGGAGGAAGAAGGUGCAAAGCAAGAUGAAGGUCUUAAACUAGAUUCCAAAACACCUGCUUCUGCAGCAAAAGAUGAUUCAUUUGUAGAGAGAGAGAAAAAUACAGAACUGAAUGAGGCCGGUGAUUUUGUCAAAACUGAGACUUCAAAGGAGGAAGAAAAUGAAAUUUUAGUUCCACACAAAGAAGAAUCAGAAGGCAGAAAGCUUGAAAUUCCCUUCGAUGAGGUGAGUGGAGAAAAGCAUGAAAUUCCCUUCAAUGAGGUGAGUGGAGAACACAUUGCAGAUUGUCAAAAAAUUAACACUGAAAGGGACCUCCUGGAGAAAGAUGACCAUGUUAAAACACCUGAAGAAAUCCUAGAGGAACAGGCAAAUGCAUUUGACACCAAAGAAGAGGCUGAAAUUUCUCCUUAUAUAUCAGAGGAGCACGAAACAGAAUCACCAUCUUCCAUUGACAAGAUAAGCAGUACCAAAAUAAAGGAUGAAGCAGAUGAGGAUCUUGAUGCUUCACCAGCAGACGGAGUACAAGAGGAAGAAGCAAUCAAUCAGCCCCAGGGGUUCACUCAUAUUGUGCCUGAUGAACUGAUUCAUAUAAUCAAUGAAACAAAUGAAGAAAACAGAGAAGGAGACAUUAUGGAAGACUUGCACCCAACAGAUGACAUUCCAACCAAUGACUCCAAAGCUCCAUCUCUCAUCGAAGCUUCACAAGAACAAGCACCAGAGAAAGGAAGCCCGAUGACAGAAGAUGACGAGAGGCACAUUCUGGAUUUCGCUAACCAAGCAACAGGUGAAGUGAACCUACCAAAAGGAGCAAUGGAUGGAGACCUAGCUGGGGAUGAGGCCACAGUAAAAGAAAUUUCAAACAAGGAACAUGAGAAGAUGUACGAUUACAGGUGUUUUCAGGAAACAAAUGCAAAUGAGGAGGGAGAAACCCCAAUGCCAGAACAGAAAAACAUGGUUGUUUUCUCAUCUGUCGAACGAGCAACUGUACAGAGAAAUUUCAGGGAUAACCCUAAUGAGCAUGAUACCACAAGUAAUGUGGUGACGGAAAGCCAGAACCACCAUCCACCAUGUUUUGGUGAAGAAACAAUGAAAAAUGUUCAUCAGGAAGAUGAGAUGUGGGGGAUGAAGGAUGAUGAGAUAGCAACAAAAUUGGAAGUUGAAGAUAACAGCCAAGCAUUAGGGGCUAUAGAAGAUCAGGAAGAGAAAAUAAAUGCAGCAAAUGGGACCCCAAAUUGUGAAAUUUUAAAUGAAAAUAUGUCAGAGGGGCUAGAGAAAGCUGGUGCUGUUGCGAGCAUAGGAGAACAGAUUAAUGAAGAAACCCUAAUGGUCAAGGAGUCAUCCCUAAUUUCUCCGGGAGAAGAAACAUACAAAGAAAGCCAACACAGAGUUGAAAAGGAGGGAAACAAGAUCAAUGAAACAAAGAUAGAACUGGACCUUGAAGAUCAGAGUCAGGGACUGGAUGAUGAAGAAGAUCUAAAAGCCGAAGCAAAUGAGGUUCAAACAAUACGUAUUACACAGGUGCCUCAUGGACUUGAGGAUGCUGGAUCAAGCAAGAGAAUGAAAAGGCAGAUCAUAGAGGAGGAACCGAUGAAGGAUCUACACCUAGGUCCUAUUAAAGAAGAUACUAUAAGAGUGGACACUGAAGAAGGAAAAAAGAAUGGUCAACAGGUUGAGAAGGAAGUAACUAAAUUGGACCCCAGAGAUAAGAACCAUGAAACAAGCUGCAAAGAUGAUGCUACAGAAAACAACAUGAUGAAUGAAGAGGUCAAAAUUUCUGAUGUUGUUUUGAUGGAGCAAAAGUUAGAAACAACACCUUCCACCAAUGAGGCAGAUGCUAUGACCACAAGGGAUGAGGCAGAUAAAGAUCUUGAUACUUCGCCUGCACUAAAUACACCAGCAGAAGCAAUCAAUAGGCUCAAGGAGAUCAAGCAGCUUGUGCCUAAAGAACCAAUUAAUGGAAUCAAUGAAACAAAUGAAGAUAAUAAAGGUUCUGCCAAAGAUAAAAAUGUAGUGGAAGAACUCCACAAAAUUCAGAACCCUAAUGAUACUCCUUCAAACUUGGUAUCAAAACCAGGAGACAUUGUGGAAGACUUGCAUUCAAAAUAUCAGGAGGUUCCGACUAGUUACGCUGCCUCAUCUCCCACUGAGGCUUCAUAUGAACAUGUACCAAAGGAAGAAGGCCACAUGAGCAAGGAUAAAGAAAGGCAUGGUUUGGUGAUUGUCAAGCAAGCAAACCAUGAAGUGAGCCUACCAACAGAAGAAAUAGAGGGAAAACCCAUCAAGGAUGAGGUUCAAGCAGAAGAAGACAUUUUGUACAAGGAAGGAGAGAAGAUGAAUGAUUACAACAAUGUUCAAGAAACAACAUCUGGAAAUGAGGGAGGAGAAACCCCAGUUCAAGAACAGGAAGACAUGGUCGUUUUCUCAUUUGUUGAGCAGGCAUAUAGAGAGCAGAGUAUCCAAGAUAGCCCUAAGGAUCAGGAUACCACAUCUAAUUUGGUGGUUGAAAAGCAGAGCCUGCUCAAGAAAUAUGUUGGUGAAGAAACAAUUAAUGAGGCUCAUCAAGAUGAAUUGGAGUCAAAGAAGAUGGAUGAGAUAGCAACUGAACUGGAGGCCAAACAUAAGUGCAAAGUUUCAGGGGGUAUAGAAGAUCAGAUGGGAAAAACCACCGAAAUAAAUGACAGCUCAAAAUGUAAAAUCUUCAAUGAAGAGGUGCCUGAGGGGCUUGAGAAAGCUGUUAGAACUGAGAACAUAGAAAAUCAGAAGAUGAAGGAAAACAGAACAGUCAAGGACCCUUGCCUCAUUUCAACAGAAGGAGAAACAUGCAAGGAUAAACGUCAUGAAGACAAAAAGGAGGGGGAAAUGGUCAAUGAUGAAGAAAUUAAACUGGGGCUUGAAGAUCAGAGUCAAGAAGAGUUGGCUGCAGAAGAUCUAGUAGACGAAGCAAAUGAAACAAAUAAAACCACAAAUUGUCAAACAUCACAUGAUGAGGUGUCUCUAGCAACUGAAAAUGGUGGAUCGAGUGAGAAAAUCGAUAAUCAGAUCACAGAGGAAGAAGCUAUAAAGGAAUCCUUCCUGGCUACUACUGGAGAAGAAACUACCAAAAAGGCCCAUCAAGAAGAAAAAAAGGCUGGACCAGAGGUUGAGAAGGAAGCAACCAAUCUAAACCCCAAAUAUCAGAAUCAUGAAACAAGCAGCCAAAAUGGUGCCGCAGAAAAACACAUUCUAAAUGAAGAGGUUAAGAGUUCUCAUACUGUACCAGUGGAUGACUUAGAAACAACAGUUUCAACUGAUAAGAGGGUGGACAUUGCAACCAUGAAGGAGGAUACUGAUGUUUCAUCUACUACAAACCCACCAGCCGAAGAAGAACCAGAGAGAGAAGCAGUCAAUGAACCCCAGAAGGUGCGUCACCAUGAGCCUGAAUUGACUCCUGAGAGCAUCAUAACAAAUGAAGAGACCACAGAAAGCGCUAGAGAAGAUAAAAUUGUUGCGGAGGAAUUCAUUGAAGUUGGGAAGCUUAAGACAACCUCUUCGGACUUGGUAUCUAACCCAAGUAACAUUGGAGAAAACUUACAUCCAAAAGAUCAAGAGGUACCAACCAAUAAGUCCAAUGCUUCAUCUCUCACUGAGGUUUCAAAAGAAAAAAUUCCAGAGAAAGAUGGCCAUAUGACAGAAGAAGAAAGGAACAGUUUGGUGUUCAUCAAGCACAAAACAGGUGAAACAAGCCUAGCAACAGGAGAGAUGGAAGGGUAUCCCAUUAACAAUGAGGCUCCGGCGCAAGAACUUUUGAAGAAGGAAGCCGAGAAGAUCAAAGACAGUGAUGCAAAUAUUACAGAUCGGGGAGGAGAAACUCCCAUUCCAGAACAGCAACAAUGCGUGAUUCUCUCAUCCAUUGAACAGGCCAUUGCAGAUACUGUCAUCAGAGACAGCCCUGAAGUGCCUGAUACUACCGGUAACUUGGUGUUUGACAAGCAGUGCCAAGUAAAGACAAGUUUGAUGCAUGAAGUACAAAUCCAUGAAAAUGAGGAAACAAAAAGCUUGGACUUAGAGGAUACUGACAGCUUGAAUGAGAAGCUUUCUCUUUUAUCUGAUACCCAACCUUCAGACAAAGAGUUACCCCAGAAAGCAGACAGUAUGAUGCUCCCAGAAGUCACUGAAAUCUCUCAAAACAUUGAGAAGCUUGAAAAGGCACCUGAUGCAACAACUGAGGAGAGUGCACAGAAAAAGAUAUCAUCUGGAGAGAAAGAUAUUCCAUCAGUGCCACAACAUUCAAUCAGGGAAUCCACAUGGGAAGAUGAAGUAGAACAUCAGAAGCAUGGAGAAGCAUUAGGAAAUGAAUCAAUAGAGAAAGGGGUAGAAUAUGGUGGAGAUAGUAUAAUGAAAGAAGUGCCUGAAGAAUCCAUGCUGUUGGACAUAGAUGAGGUUUCAUUAAGUGAUUUUCUAAUAUCCAUAAAGGAAACCUCGCAUAUGGUUGCUGGCAACACAGAACCAACACCACCCCCUGACAAGAGAGAGCUACAGGAUAAAGAGAAGCAAACCAUUCAAGGGGAAAAGGAAAAGAUAAUGGAAGAAGAGAUACAUAAGGGGCAGGAAGAAGAAGAAAAUGAUCACAAAAAGAUGCACUCUGGCUCCAAUCUGCCGGUCAUACUGAAAGCCCCGAGAAAUGCAGAUGUUAAGUCGACCCACAAGAAAUCUCACAAUAUACUAUCCAGUGUAGGUUCCAAGGUCAAGCAUUCAAUUGCAAAAAUAAAGAAGGCUAUCGCUUGUAAUGUACCCCCUCCCGAAGCCACCAUCAUCGAAAUAAGAAAGUGAGCAGCAUGGUGACAGUUUCAGAAGAGUUGGGACAGGAUUUCCAAUUGGAGAGUGUUUAUCUGGAUUGACUUGUAUAUUGCAUUGUGAUGUAAAGAUAUCAGUACAUAAGCUUCAGUGUGGCUAGUACGACUUGUUUAUUGCCUUGUUAGGAUAUCAGUACAGAAGCUUAAGUGUGGUGUGAAGUUGGGAAGUUUGAGCAACAUAGUUUUUUCUUUUUUGUACAAAAUCAUGUAAAUGUGAAGAGAUCUUAUUUCCUUAUCCAUAAGAAUAUAUCUUAUUUGAGUAUGUAAA